UACCGAUCUCUUUCAUGGAUGCACAGAGGCACUUCUAAAACGACAAGCAUGUCAGGAAACUCUGAAUGCCCCUUCUUCCUCUGGGGACUUCUAGUGUUCUUGGCCUUGGCUCUGGUUAUAUCGUUGAUCUUCAAUAUUUCCCACUACAUAGAGAAGCAGCGACAAGAUAAAAUAUACAGAUAUUCUGAUGACUACAUUCCAAGAGAUGAUGAAUAUUAUGUUGAAGAUGCUCCAAUUUAUGGUAACUUAGAAAAUAUAAUCCCAGAACCACUGGAUGAGGACUGCUAUGAACAAAUGAAAGCUCGGCCGCAGAGAUCGGCAAAUGAUCCGCAGGAAGCGGCUGCUCCUGCACAGGUACCUGCUGAAGCUCAGACGUGCUAUGCCUCACUGAAUCACAGUGUGAAGGGGAAACGCAGAAGGCCCAGGAAACAGAAUAGCAAUUUGUCAGACAGAGGAAAGGAUGCACAAGCCUGUACAAUGGAUGCCAAUGUUGCUCAGAUCAAUAUGGUAGAAAGUUUCCCGCCAGAUAACAAGGUAGUAGAGGAAAGUAUUCAUGAUGAUCCUGCGAGACUGUUUGGGUUGAUCCGUGCCAAGAGAGAGCCUGUAAUCUAACUGAACCAUGAUCAUCUCAAUGAUAACACCCUAUGAGAGACGGUUAAAAAUCCCUCAUGUGACACAGAAGAACUGGCAGGGUGACAGUUUCUUAAUUUGUCUAUGGGAUGGUACCUUCCUUGUUCUUAUGAAUUGCAUUCCUACACACUAAAUUUAAUUAAAAUUAGCUAUAUGGAUUCAGCUAAAGAAUAUCCGAGUAAGAAAAGUAAAAUAAUAAAAUCUAGUUUGCAACUUAAAUUACUUGAUAAUAAAAUCAAAAUGAACAAUAAUAUCUAAUAAGGACAAAUUUUUAAAAAUCAAAGUACAUACAUGCUAAAGGACACCUUGAAUAAAAGAGAAAAUCCAGUGUCUUGAGAAAUUAAUCAAUGAAAAUGUCUUUCAUCUAUGUGAAAAAAUAAGUUUAAAAAAUUUCUGAUUGAAAGUGCACUGCCGAGAAAAGUA